UCGAAUAUUCCUAAUGACUAAUAAUUAUUGUAGAGAAUGUGAGACUGAUUAAUUUUUUGAUGAAUUCAACCUAACAUGUUUACUUACCGCGUAAAACCUCAAUUUUCAUCGUGGCUGCGAGGUAGAACCAAAUCCAAAAAGAAAAAUGAAGCAGUCACUCCCUACUUGGAUUUAAAAAAGUUUCGGAACCGUGUUGGCUUCUACAUUUGCGAUGAACGUAACUAUAUAUGUGUUUUUCAACAGACUCUCGUGAUGGGUUGGCUAAAUAAUAUUCGAAAUCAAGUCAAAGUUAGUAAAGACCAGAAAAACAAUAAAUCUCGCAUAAUGUUCAAUUUACUUCUAUUGGCGAGAAAGGAGCGUUGGGAAGGUGGAACGCAAACCCUUGACGCAUCUUAUCGAAAUACUUUAGCACGUGCAAUCAGAAAAGUGUUCAAAGAAGAUGCUCCAAAGUUGGAGGAAAAUUCAAUACAUUCUUACAGUAGUAUGAUUUUGAGGGUUUUGCACAUUUCUGACAAUAAAUGGGAUAACUUCGGUGUUUCGAAACGAUCUCCUCCUUACAAAUAUCAAUUCAAGGAAUCUAACUGGAUAUAUUUCAAAAAAUUUUCAAAAAAAUUGGGUAUCUACAUUUGCAACAAACGCAACUUGACUAUUUCUCAGCAGAAUGGAUUGAUGUCGUUAGUCAAACAUAUCCGAAUUAUAGCCUCAGCAACCAGAGUGCUUGAAGAUGAUCAGCAAGAUGCAUGUUAUAAAAUGGAUGAUGCCAUUCUGGAAGCUAACAUGACUAAUUUUGUAGAUGAAAACAACGCUGAAGAAGUUGAGAGACGAAAGACUUUAGCUCUAACGUUGAUGAAAAUUUUCAAGGAAACGGUUCCAAGAUUUAAGGGCUGCUUCAGAUAUUGCUUCGCUUCAGGAGUGUUGCAAGCUCUAGGUAUUCCAAAAGAUGAAUGGAUUAAUUUUUACGUGUACCUAACGCGUACCUAUUAAGUAUGAAUCGGAAUUAAGUUUUUCCAUGUUUCUUGUCCUGUUGGUUAUGCGAUUUUCUAAUUAAAUUUCAAUGAUACCGAAAUUAAUCGGUGCUUUUCAAUGGAUAUAUUUUGUAUGUUGUCGAAGUCCUGGGUGUGAAUACGAGUAAUGUGCUCAUUGAGUGGGAGAGGGAGACGAUAAAAUAUCAGUUGUUGUUGCAGAAUAACCAAAACAAUAUUCGUAUUUCCUCCAUAUUAUAUCACCUAAAAAUGGUAAUUUUUUGAAAUGAUGGUGUCGGAAGAGGAGAAGUGAACAAAACGUGGAUUAAAGACAUCUGUCAUCUGUCUAAUUUGUGUUAUUAAUUUAUUAUGAUACCUGAAAGUACAUAAAUGUAGUAUGAUUGAUGUUUGUAUUGUUUUUUUUACGUCUUUUUCCAUUAUUUUGUGCGUUUGUUAUUGUUAUCUUAUUAUCAAGUAAGUAGAAAAAUGAAAAAUUGAAAUAAAACAGGAGACUGAAUUGAUAUAAUUUUUUGUAUUUAUAAGAUUCAAUUAAUUGUUAUUUGUAAUUUUCAUUAAAAUGUUGAAUUUCAA